AUGAGGGACUCGGCGCUGGACCUGCUGGCGGCACUGCUGACCGGCCGGGCCCCGGCGGCCGCCCAGGACGACGGGGGCCAGAACCGCCGCCUGCUCGCGCUGCUCGCCACCUCCCUCGCCGUGCUCGUCGGCUGCGGCGUCGCGCUCCUCUUCCGCCGCUCCUCUUCCUCCGCCGCGCCGCUCGCCCGGCAGGCCGCCGCGGCCAAGCCCCUCGCCGCCAAGAAGGACCAGGAGCCCGACCCCGACGACGGCCGCCAGCGGGUCGCCCUCUUCUUCGGCACCCAGACCGGCACCGCCGAGGGCUUCGCCAAGGCGCUCGCGGAGGAGGCCAAGGCCAGGUACGACAAGGCCGUCUUCAAGGUGCUCGAUCUGGAUGAUUACGCCGCCGAGGACGACGAGUACGAGGAGAAGCUCAAGAAGGAGAACAUCGCCUUCUUCUUCCUCGCAACGUACGGGGAUGGUGAGCCAACCGACAAUGCGGCCAGAUUCUACAAAUGGUUCUCUGAGGGGAACGAGAGGGGUGAGUGGUUGAGCAACCUCAAGUUCGGGGUGUUUGCUCUUGGGAAUAGGCAGUACGAGCAUUUCAACAAGGUCGGAAAGGAGGUUGAUCAGCUCCUCGCUGAACAAGGUGGAAAGCGCAUAGUUCCUGUUGGCCUUGGAGAUGACGAUCAAUGCAUUGAGGAUGACUUCAACGCCUGGAAGGAACUGCUGUGGCCAGAAUUGGACAAACUGCUCCGCGUUGAAGAUAAUUCUUCAGCAGCACAAUCUCCUUACACGGCCGCUAUUCCACAAUAUAGAAUUGUGCUUACCAAACCAGAGGAUGCCACACAUAUCAACAAGUCUUUCAGUCUUAGCAAUGGUCAUGUUGUCUAUGACAGUCAACAUCCUUGCAGGGCAAAUGUGGCUGUGCGACGGGAGCUUCACACACCAGCUUCCGACCGGUCCUGCAUUCAUUUGGAGUUUGAUAUUGCAGGAACUAGCCUCACAUAUGAGACUGGAGAUCAUGUUGGUGUGUACGCAGAAAAUUCAAUUGAGACUGUAGAGGAGGCAGAAAAGCUAUUAGAUUAUUCACCAGAUACUUAUUUCUCAAUUUAUGCUGACCAAGAGGAUGGCACUCCACUUUUUGGGGGCUCUUUGCCACCUCCUUUCCCAUCUCCCUGUACUGUGAGGGUUGCACUUGCCAGAUAUGCCGAUCUGUUGAAUUCACCUAAAAAGAGUGUUUUACUUGCUUUGGCUGCUCAUGCAUCUGACCCCAAAGAGGCCGAGCGGCUCAGACAUCUAGCAUCUCCUGCUGGAAAGAAGGAGUAUUCUCAGUGGAUAAUCGCUAGUCAAAGAAGUCUCUUGGAAGUUAUUUCGGAGUUUCCAUCGGCAAAGCCUCCGCUUGGUGUCUUCUUUGCAGCUAUUGCUCCUCGCCUUCAGCCGAGAUACUACUCAAUAUCUUCCUCACCAAGAAUGGCACCUACAAGAAUUCAUGUAACAUGUUCACUAGUUCAUGGGCAAACCCCAACUGGAAGGAUCCAUAAAGGAGUUUGUUCUACUUGGAUGAAGAAUUCAACUCCCUCGGAAGAGAGCCAAGAAUGUAGCUGGGCUCCAAUUUUUGUGAGGCAGUCAAACUUCAAAUUGCCUGCUGAUCCCACAGUGCCUAUUAUAAUGGUAGGCCCUGGGACUGGCCUUGCACCUUUCAGGGGUUUCUUACAGGAAAGAUUAGCUUUAAAAGAGUCUGGGGUAGAACUGGGCUGUGCCAUCCUCUUCUUCGGGUGCAGAAACCGCCAGAUGGACUUCAUAUACAAGGAUGAGCUGAACAAUUUUGCCGAAUCCGGAGCCCUGUCUGAGUUGGUUGUCGCCUUUUCUCGUGAGGGUCCUACAAAAGAGUACGUCCAACACAAAAUGGCAGAGAAGGGCGGCUAUGUGUAUGUCUGCGGUGACGCCAAGGGCAUGGCAAGAGACGUGCACCGCGCCCUGCACACCAUAGUUCAGGAACAGGGCUCUCUGGACAGCUCCAAGACGGAGAGCUACGUGAAAAACCUUCAGACGGAAGGGAGAUACCUGAGAGACGUCUGGUAA